UCUAAGAUGACUGGCAGAGGCAAAACCGGUGGUAAAGCUCGGGCUAAGGCCAAGACCCGUUCUUCCAGGGCUGGCUUACAGUUCCCUGUCGGCCGUGUCCACAGGCUGCUCCGUAAAGGUAACUAUGCUAAGCGAGUUGGUGCUGGAGCUCCAGUCUAUUUGGCUGCCGUGCUCGAGUAUCUCACUGCUGAAAUCCUGGAGUUGGCUGGUAAUGCUGCCCGCGACAACAAGAAGACGCGCAUCAUUCCUCGUCACCUGCAGCUUGCCGUUCGUAACGACGAAGAGCUGAACAAACUGCUGGGCCGUGUGACUAUCGCUCAGGGCGGCGUGCUGCCCAACAUCCAGGCUGUGCUGCUGCCUAAGAAGACUGAGAAGCCGGCGAAAGCCAAGUAGGCACUCGGAUCUGCUUGAUGGCAUAACUCAAAGGUUCUUUUAAGAACCAUCUACCCGUGUUUAAAAGUGGCAAACUCAAGUGCAUAGUGAACCAUCUUCUCUCGCUAUAACUUAUAAAUAUACUAAAUAUAAAAGUUUCGCAACUAGUAAAACGCGUGUUUGAGUCUUUUUAGCCAACAAGACAUCACGCAUUCGCUAAUUAUAUUUCCGCGACGAUGUCUCGCGCUUUACUUAAGGGUCAACUAACCGAAAU